AUGUUCUCCAGCAAGAAGCGAUCAAGAGACGACACAAACGAGGUGCAGGCGGAGGAUAUUCCAUCUGGAAAGCGAGCUCGAGCGACCACAGUAGCCUCGGCAGACAGCGACAGGUGGAACGACUCUGUUCUGAACACUCCCACCCGAGAGAAUGCUCAAUCAAAGUACGAUAGCGACAAUGAUGAGGCUUCUUCGAUGCUCUCUGAGCCCGGCAGUCCCCAGGAUGCAUCCAUGCAAUCAGGCGAUGAUGACAUGAAUCUCGACUUUGCUCACUCGCCUGAAUAUAAUUCUACAUCACAGCCAAAACCUUCACGAACCAGUCCAUGGGGCCAGCGAUUGAAUAUGACCAACCGAGUGCCCACUCCGGCGGUACCGAUGAGGCCAGGUGCGAGUCCAGAGCGCAUUCGGACUGGCAUAAAUCAUCAUAUUAGGUCCCGCCACCCACAACAGAAUUUCCCCAGCUCAGACCUCCUCGAAGUACCAUCACCAAUCGAUGAAGACGAGGUUCCUACGCCGCCUAGUGCAGCGGAGGUCGCUGGAUCACAAUUGUCGAUGCUUAGUGUCAGCGACAUGGAUAUGGACGAGGACGGAUCUCUACCCAGAAUUUCGAUCGACCCUGUUCGAUCAUCAAGCCGAAACACAAACAAACUAGACUCAGCCUUCGACUUGGAGCCCAUGGAUGAUGCACCAGACCGUAUCAUAGUCAGGAAGCAGCGUCAGCGCAGCGGAGCCCUUAGCAGCGGCGAUUCACCAGUGCGUGCUGGGCCAAGCGAUAUGGGCAUCGGACCAAAGCGAGGCCUCGUGAUGGGCUUUCGAGCAGACUGCGAGAAGUGCCGGAUGAAGGUACCCGGCCAUAUGAAUCAUUUUAUCAAUUGA